GUCGGCGGAACCGGGGGCGGCGGGAAGCUCUGGCUGCCUGGGCUCGCAGUUCCGGGGUCGCGGCGGAGGCGGAGCAAAAGGCGGGUUGGGUGCCGGCCCUGGGGGUCAGGCCUGGGCCGCGUGCGUAGGGAGUCCCUCCCCUCCGCUGGUCGGGCUUCAGAGCGCAGGCUCCCCGCCGCGGGCCCCUCAGUUUCCCUGUCCGCGACUCCGGGGCGGGGGACUGACCCCGUCGGGUGCGGGCGUCCUCGGCGCUGCCCGGACACACUGCGCAGGCCCCCGGCGGCACCCGCGGGGGAGGGGCUCCGCCCGGCGGCCAGGGACUGGGCUUCGCUUAGUGAGGACGCAGGGCGGUCACCGUGCGGUUUGGGUCUCCACGUGCCCUGGGCCAGCCGCCCCGCCGCCGUCACCUCGGAGACCGGCUCCGGCGCCAGGUACUAAGAACAGUGAUAGUCAUACAUUGGGAGAAAAAGUAAAGGAAGUGCUUUCUAUUUUCGAUUGGGCACCUAAACAGAAACUGCAGUUGUAGUAUGAAGAAGGGUAGAGGAAGAACAAGCCGGAUCAGAAGACGGAAACUCUGCACAAAUUUUCAAUCAAGGGGAGUGAAUGAGAGCUACAAGCCUGAAUUUAUAGCGCUUAAGAAGUGGUUGAAAGCUAGGAAGUUUGAAGAUACAAAUUUAAUACCUGCUUGUUUUCCAGAUACCGGGAGAGGGCUGAUGAGCAGAACGUCCCUGCAGGAGGGACAGGUGAUUAUUUCGUUGCCUGAGAGUUGCCUGCUCACCACGGACACAGUGAUUAGGAGCCACUUAGGGGCGUACAUUGCUAAGUGGCAGCCUCUCCCGUCUCCUCUGCUGGCUCUGUGCACCUUUCUAGUUGCAGAAAAGCAUGCUGGGGACCGGUCCCCCUGGAAGCCCUACCUGGAGGUUUUGCCGAAGGCCUACACCUGCCCUGUGUGUUUGGAGCCGGAAGUGGUGGCUCUUCUCCCCGGGCCUUUGGAAGCGAAGGCCAGAGAGCAGAGGACGCGCGUGCGUGAGCUGUUUACGUCCUCCCGAGGCUUCUUCUCCUCCCUGCAGCCUCUGCUCUCCGAGGCUGCGGCAAGCGUCUUCAGCUACAGGGCCUUCCUGUGGGCCUGGUGCACGGUCAACACCAGAGCCGUGUACAUGGAGCGGGGCCGGAGGCAGGGCCUGUCCGCGGAGCCAGACACCUGCGCGCUCGCCCCGUACCUGGAUCUGCUGAACCACAGCCCGGCCGUCCAGGUGAAAGCAGCAUUUAAUGAGGAAACCCGCUGUUAUGAAAUCAGGACGGGCUCGGGCUGCAGACGGCACGAGGAGGUGUUCAUCUGCUACGGCCCCCACGACAGCCGGCGGCUGCUGCUGGAGUACGGGUUCGUUCCCCGCGGGAACCCCCACGCGUGUGUCCCCGUCUCACAAGAUGUGCUUGUUAAAUAUCUUCCAUCAACAGAUAAGCAGAUGAACAGAAAGAUUUCCAUUUUAAAGGAUCAUGACUUUAUAGAAAACCUGACGUUCGGAUGGGACGGGCCGUCCUGGAGGCUGCUCACGGCCCUGAAGCUGCUGUGUCUGGAGGCUGGAGAAUUUCCUCGCUGGAAAAAAGUCCUUCUUGGGGAGAGAAUUUCAGAAACAAAUGAGAAGAUGAGUUUGGACAUCGCCCAGAAAAUAUGCCGUUAUUUCACAGAGGAGGCUAGUGCUAUGCUUCAAAAGGUUUCUCACAUGAAAGAUAAAGAAAUGGCGUUGAUACACCAGCUCACUUUGGUGGAAACGUUGUGGACAGAAGAGCUGAAGAUCCUCCGGGCAUCUGCCGAGACCCUGAGCGGUUUGCAGGCCGCUGUUCGUGACUCACCCACGUGCCUCCGAUCGCCUCCCCUGCUGGGUGUCGCCCCCUCUGCAGGGUGUGACGCCUGAAACACUGCACACUAAGGGCUCCGGAGCCGCUGGCGCGCAGGUUGCUGGACACCCACCCAGGACGUAGGGCUUCGCGUCUCGUGUCCGUUCCUGCGAGGAUGUUUAUUCUUCUGGAUGAAACGGUGCCUGAGGGCGGUGCGGCCAUCCUCCAGCUCUGCGCCGGCCGGCCUCUCGCUGCCCCUUUCCGGGCAGGACGCCGGGCCCGCGGGGGAGACUCCUGGUCAGAGAGCAGAGCGGCGAGGCCAGGCCGGGCAUGCAGACGGCCUCGCAGACGGUCCCCAGCACGGUGCCCAGGACACAGUGUGGCGGCUUUCCAAGGGCACACAGCCCCAUCACAGGCACCUUCCUCCGUGUUCCCACGUGUAUCCACACACCCUGAGGAGUGCCCUCGCCGCGGCAGGUCGCAGAGCCGUGGGACGGACGCACCACCUCUCGUCUAGAGCGCUGGGCUGCUACGUCAUGAGUCAUGAGUCACCACCAUGUUGUAGAAAACUCUAGAUUGGGGGUCAGCAAACUGUAGCCACUCCCUGUAUUUAUAAAUAAAGUUUUUUAAAAAUGG